AUGGACACUUCUUCUCCUCUCCCCACCGCCUUUGGCCCAGCAGCCAACUCCCCCUCCGACUUGUCUUACUCUUCGGGUGCUUCUCAUACUUCCACUCGAAACACGUCUCCGGAUUCUGUUACUAACCCCACGGCUGUUUCUUCUUCGUCUUCUUCCCAACUCGCGUCACAGCUCUUGGAACUUAGUUUCAACUCCGAUAUAGAGCGUAAUCCUAGCAGCAUUCUGCUCAACCCUCUAACUAAGAUGGAUCGAAAUCCGUUCCAGUCCGUCAACGAGCGCAGAAACAAGAUUUCCACGGAUCGCACCACCAAUGCAAGCCAGAAUCAACAGCUCCAACAACAACAACAGCAGCAGCAUCAGAAUUUCCAGUCUCAAACACUGAGAUCCAACAUGCAGUCUCUCAAUACUGCUGUGCCUAGAAGCCUUGUUUCGUCUAACUGGAGAUCGCAGACAGCAGAUGAGACUGCACUACUAACUCGCGCUGCUGAGUUUACUCCGUUUGACGCUACUAACGUUGGUCAUCAUCACAUGCAACACGGUUCCAGUAGCCGACACUCGUCGUAUACAAGCCCUCGUCUAGAGCAGUUCCCGCAGCAACAGCAACUCUCUAGCUUGGUGCCUUACUCAAGCUCUAGCAUCACUUUCAGCGACCUCCAGAUAGAAGGCAGCUAUGCUUACUGCUACGACCGAGGAAACGGCCAGUACACGCGGCUGAUCCCGGCUGAUAUGUUGCCCGCGCUGAAGGACAUCCCGGCUCUCCAGUCCAGCUGCUCCGGAAUGGUUGUGCUGCCCGUGCCGCGAGGUCUGCCUUCAAACGGCCGGUCGAGAAAUAAUAGCCCGGUUCUACUCAGAAGCCCGCCGAAUACCCCGACCUCGACUUCGGAUAACAUCCAGUCACGAAUCGACAACAUCGUAGCCUCGACGCCCCCCACGCCAACCAGCCUCACCCUCGCAACAGGCGUCACGGGCCUAGGCCCCGGGUCCUCAGCCGGCGCCACCGGCACACCGCACUCCCACCAGUCUCACUCCCAUCACUCCCACUCCCACUCUCACCAUAACCAUCAUCACCAUCAUCAUAACAGCAGCAGUAUUAGCGGCCAGCCGCAGCCACAGCCACACCAGCAGCAACAGCAGCAACCCCAACGCCGCCCCAAGAUCUACUGCGACAAGUGGGUGCACGAGGGCGUGUGCGCCUUCACCCAGCAGGGCUGCAAGUACAAGCACGAGAUGCCGUUCGACAAGGUGACGCAGCACCAGCUGGGCCUGUUCCACGGCUUCCCGGCCUGGUGGAAGAAGCACCAGGCCGACCUGUCGCGGCAGAGGGACGGGACCGAGGAUGUGGUUCGGCUGAGCGGCCAUGGCGGUCACAGCGGCGGCGGUGGUGGUAGUGGUGCUGGUGGUGGGGAGAGAUUUAUUGGACGAGGGACGGGACAUGCUCAUGGACAUGGUGUUGCGGCUGGUUCUGCGGCCGGAGCUGGAGCUGCGGAAGGUAUGGGAAUGACAAAUACGGCGGCGACGGCGGCGGCGACUACUCCUACUACUACUACUACUUCUUCUUCCGGACUCCAGAGCUGGCGACGGGGCGCGGAUGCAGGAAGCCCGGUGGAGCAGAAGGUGUUGGGGGAGGGACUCAAUCUGGCGAGGGAGGUGAGAGGGGGUGUUAAGAACCCUUUCGUAUCUUACUCUUCCCCCUUCGGCCCCAUCGCACCCCCUGCUCGCACCUCCUCUACGACUCCAGCGGCGGCGGCGGCGGUGGCAGGAUUUACGACAGAUCUGUUCGGCUCGGGACAGUCGCUGCACCAGAAUAAUACUAGCGUCGGUGCUUCCUCUCCCACUUCGAGGACGGGAAUGGGAAUGGGAAUGGCCGGAGGAAACACUGCUAACAACAGCGGCGGCAUGUCGAAUACGAACCCUUAUUCGUCCCUCUCUUCGCUCGACGAGGAAAUCAUCAGCGGCAGCGGUAGCGGUAGCGGUAAAGCUAAGCCCGAGGAGCAGUCCGAGAAGUCCAAGUCCGCGGCCUCGGGCGCGUCGGGCGCAGGCUCUAGCGGAGCGCGUCUGACUUGA